CGCGGUCGGCGUGCGCGCUCAGAUACUUGUACUGACCAGUGGUGACCACGAAAACCGCCGUCCAAUUGUGUGGUGAUCACGAAAACCCCUGUGCGACACAGUGGCGCCUACGAAAACCCCUGUUCUUGGCGUUGGCACCUGCUAACGGCUGUGCCCAUUGAAAUCCCUGUGGAAGGGAGUUGCGCCCACGGAAACCUGUGCAAGCCAGUGCCCCUGUGCAAAAAGAAUAACACUAGAGCGCGCCGUCGUAAAUGUGGCUCCACCAUGGUGCGGACGAAGAAAAAUAUGCUCUACUACCGGAGUAUCAAUAAGGAUGACCAGGGUAUCGCGAUGCGGAUCUACGCGGGGGUGUCGUUCGCUGUGGAGGUGAUAGUGUUCGUGGUGCGGGUGUACGCGAGCUGGUUCUACGGCAUGUACCGGUUCUUCGUCCCGCCUGAACCGAAGAGCGUAAGGGGGGAGAUUAUACUGAUAACCGGGUCCGGUCACGGCAUGGGCCGCGAGAUGGCGCUGCAGUUCGCGGCGCUGGGCGGCAUCGUCGUCUGCGUGGAUAUUAACGCCAGCACUAACAAGGAUACAGUGGAACUGAUCAAGGAGAACAAGGGAAAAGCUUAUGGAUACCAAUGCGACGUGACGGACCGGUCGGCGAUAUCGGAGCUGGGUGACAGGAUCCGGAAGGAGGUGGGUGAGGUGGACAUCCUGGUGAACAACGCCGGCAUCAUGCCCUGCAAGCCCUUCCUGGAACAAGAUGAGAGAGAGAUACGCGCCACUUUUGAGAUCAACGUGAUGUCGCAUCUUUGGCUCCUCCAAAUGUUCCUGCCAUCGAUGAUGAAGCGCAACCACGGUCACAUAGUGGCGCUGUCGUCGAUGGCGGGGCUCGUGGGGCUGCGCAACCUGGUGCCCUACUGCGGCACCAAGUCCGCGGUGAAGGGCAUAAUGGAGGCGCUGCACGAGGAGCUGAGAGAGGACAAGGUCACGGAUUAUAGCGGGAUAAAAUUCACCACCGUGUACCCGUACAUCGUGGACACGGGGCUAUGCAAGAACCCCAAGAUCAAGUUCCCGUCGUUCAUGAAGAUUGUGAGUCCGCGCGACGCCGCCGAGUCCAUCAUCGACGCCGUCCGCCGCGAGUACACUGACGCUUCCAUACCGCGAUUCCUGUUCUACACCAACAACCACUGCCGGAUAUACCCCCGCGAAGUGGCGACGCACAUCAAGGACUUUCUGGACUCCGGCCUCGAAGCGCAUUAAAUUAUUACAGCUAUCCACAACCUUAUAGCCUUGUAAAUAGUUAUUUAAGUCGAACGAACCUUUUACAUAAAUUAUAUACCUAUAUACGGGCUAAGUAAUAUCAAUACAGAGGUCUUUUUGACCCGAAACAAUACUAAUGCUAAUUCUGUCUCAUUCAAAAUGUAGCAAAACGAAUGCGACAGAAAAUUAAAAAAAAAAGAAAAUACUUUUAUCUCGUCGAGUGGAACACAGGGAUGCACACGAAGCUAGUAACACGAGGUUAGGCUCGUAACUUGGAUAAUACUGAGGCCUUUGCCGUGAUCGGCUAGUCACUAGUGUGAGUCAAUGAGCACUUUUCCAGUGAAUAUAAUAGUCGUAGUCGUUUCGUUUUUAAUGCGCAUGUGCAAAGUUAAAAUUUGUGGCAGUGUCAUGUACUAAAAUCUGACAGAAAUUGAUGAUAUUUUUCUAUUAGGUACUGCGAACUGAAACGAAUACGACUAAUAUCAUUUUUAGCAAGCAAUUACAAUCGAGUUUUUAAAGUAUCUACUAGCUCGUGGAAAAGUAUACGAAAAGAUUUAAAUUUAAUGUAUAUUUACUUG